UGGACAUGGAGUUGGCGGACUGACAUCGAAAAACUUCUACGCUUCUUAGACGCUUAUCGCUCGCCUGCAGUCAAGUUCAAAAUGUGGAUCUCAUACGUAGCCAUACUCCUAGUGGCCCUUGGAGCGUCAUCCGGGCGUGAAUGGCAACAGCACGACCUCGAGGCUAAAAACGAUGAAACCGAGUACUCGGCGGAAAAAUGUUCGCGGACUGUGGACAUUUACCAGAGCGUGGAAAUGCCCGCCCUCAGUCCGAGAAACCGUGGGAAGCCUCUUCAUUGCGUCUUUAGGAUUCGGGUCCGACCAGCCAGGGACGACUGGGUAGUUUUCGUGAGAUUUACUCGCAUGCGCAUCGGGGUUCCCACUGACAACCGUGAAUCCUGUCAAGGAGGCUACAUGCAGAUCGUGGAUGGCUACGCGAAGGAAACGAAUAUCUCCAACCGGGAUUCUCCGGGCUUCUACUGUGGCGAGAUCGAUUCGCCGAAGACUUUCAUCUCGGAGACACCUUACGUCAAGGUAGUCUUCCACGUCGACGCCUACGAAGUCGAUACCUAUCUUCAGUUCGAAGCUACAGUGAAGCAGCAGCAGGAGGUUGCCUCAAGAUACGGUCAAUACUCGACCCUGUACCCUCACCGACGGGGUCAACCCGUCGCGAACACGUACUGCCAUCGUCUAUUCAAAGACUGCUCGCCGGGACGUUGCUUUGUACAAAGUCCAGCCUAUCCGGGGAUCUACCCCCGAGGCUUGGCCUGCAAGUACCGCAUUAGCGUGCGACAAAGCCUCGUGGGUUUGGAUCUGACUUUCUUCGACGUCGACGGUCUGCGUUGCGACAAUUUACUCAUGUGUUUUCCUCGGCCAAUUUCGAAAGAUUCGGAAGAAUGUCCCUUCGAUUACGUACGCAUUUACGACGGACCCUCUGAAAAGCAUCCGGUCAUUACGAGUCUCUGCGGAAGGGGCCGACUCAAGUCCAACAUUGUCGGCUCGAGCUCCGAAAUGCUCGUCAGUUUCGUCACCUCAGCAGCGGGACCACUUCUGAACACAGGGUUCCAUUUCAAGGCUGACAGCGUCUACGAUUCGGGCGAGGGCGAGACCAUCCAGUUGCACAACCAAGCAGAUGGGAAAUGUGUGAUCCAGAGAGCUGUCUCAUCCCAGCCGAGCACCUUCAACUCUAUCCGCUCUUGGUAUCCAAGCAACACUUCGUGCCAAUAUCGAUUUUCGGCUCCGCAAGGUGAAAUCAUCCGGCUCGAGUUCACCGAAUUCCGCGUCGAAAGGGUGACGUUUUGUUCCGAGGCCGUGCGCAUUUACGACUCUGCAGAAGUUGAUCCCCGCUUCAUUAUCACUAAACUUUGCGACACUAACCGACCGAGCACCGAAACCCCCCGCUCCGUCUAUGAGUCGAGCUCCAACCGUCUGUUGGUGGACUUUUCGUCAAAAGUCGGCAGCCUUGACGGAAGCUCCAUCACAUUCUCGUUUGAGGUGCGCCACGUGCGGCCCACAAUGAAACGCAUCCCUGACUGCGGAAGGAGCAAUGCAAACGGUGGGAAAGUUCUAUGCCACAACUCUACGACAGCCGACACGUCUCAAUCAACUGACGCUACGAGAGAACAGUGA